CCUGCUUUGGGGACCUCACCCUGCCUGCCACAGUGAUUCAUGAUAGUGUCAACAAUCAGCUGUUCAAGGAUGAGAUUGCAAAAUUGUACUUUGGAUCAAAGGGAAUUUUUUUUUUUGCAGAGCUUCUUAUUUAAAUGUAGCUGUGCUUCAUGAGCCUCAUUUCCUCUGCAGAGAAACAAGCUGUAGAAGAUGGUAACACGUUUGAUUUUGGUGGGUCUGCUCUCCCUCUGCAGCCCAUCUUCAAGUCAAGAAUGUAAUCGAGCGCUUGUGGAGAACAUGGAUUUCCCAGGAUCAGACAUAACAUUUCUCUACUCUCCUGAUGUGAAGCACUGUCAGCUCCUGUGCACUCAGCACCCCUCCUGCUCCUUCUUUACCUUUGUUCGUCCUGAUUGGACCAGAGAUGACCGGUAUGACAGGCAUUUAUUCUGUUUAAGGUAUAAGUGUCACCUUAAAUUCAGUUGGAAUGUAGCACGGACUCCUAUUAUUGUAAGAAAGGCUGGUGCAACAUCUGGAUUCUCCCACAAAGUACACCAAACUGAGUACUUUGACAAAGAAUGUCAGAGAAAGCUUUUUCCAAGCACUGACAUCCCAGGAAAUGACUUCCUGUCGCUGCCUGCUGUCUCUCCUGAACACUGUCAGAUUCUGUGCUCGGCUCAUCCACGCUGCACCUACUUCACUCAUAACAGGUAUAGCUUCAUUUGUUAUUUGAAGAACAACCCAGAUGAAAUGGUCACCAGUGCAACAGAAGCAGGUACUUCAGGACUGCCACACCGUUCCUGUCAGCUUGAUGGCAACUGGGCUACAGUGGCUCACGAAGGAAUAGAUUUCAAUGGUUCUGACAUUCGCUAUGAGGUGGUGGAUGAUGCAGAAGCAUGUCAGAGGAAAUGUACUGAGGAUCCUCACUGCCAGUUCUACACCUACGCUGAUGAAAACGUCUCUGACCGCAAUUAUUGGCAUCGCUGCUAUCUGAAGCGUGUCAUCACCAUGCCUGCGCCUCCCAAAGUUACCAAAGUCACCAAUGCUUCAUCGGGUUUCUCCCUUAAAAACUGUUUUUAGGAGGAGACAUAUAUGUGAACAUGUGUGAAAUGAGGUUCAG